CCAGACAAGAACCCCGUGGGGCGUUUGGCUCUCUCCUCCUCCUGUUGGCCCCUGUCCCUCAUCCCUUCUGAGUCCGAGUCAAAUGCCGGGGCCAGGAGUCUAGGAAAGCCGUAAGUCUGGCUGCCUACUUAAAGUCUAGUAUUGAGUUCUAGGUUUCCGGAGGUAUUUAAGCAAAAACUGGAAUUUAGCCGGGGUGGAGUAUAAGCGAUUCCUAAACUGGACUGUGUAACAGAUAACUCCUUUUAAAAAACCUCUUCUGGCCCUUAAGUCUGUGAUGUAGAUGUUGGCCGGCGCACAUCAACUUAGAGCGGCCACCCGGCCGGCACUUCCUACUCACAACUAAAACCGGGAGAGAGUGGGUCAGUUUUCAGUAUCUGUGGCGUGACCGUCACUGAGAAAGAUCUGCAGAAGCUUCGCCCAAGUCACGCAGACCGUCUUGUUAUUUCUUGGUUCUCAGUCUCAGGGUUUUCAUUCUCUGGGUCUGAGUACACGCCCCCUCUGUUGCAGAAACCUUUUCGGUUCCUAAUGAAGGUAGUUCCUGACCAGCCACUCAAAACCAAGAAAACUUUGCCCCCAAAAAACUAGUAGAAAGACUAGUUUGGGCGUGGGAAUCCCAGGAGCAGGUGUCAAUUUGUCACUCCUUGAGAACCUGGAGCCCCAGAAACUUGACGGUGGUAAAGCGCUGGUGGUUAUUUAGAGAGACAAUCUGAGACCGCCUGGGGCCUUUGCCUGAGAGCUGGGAGCCUGGUGAAGUGACUGGGAAGCCAUGGAAGCAGCUGGGAAAGAGGAAAUCAGUGUUGAAGAUGAAGCUGUGGAUAAAAACAUUUUCAAAGACUGCAGCAAGAUUGCUUUCUACAGACGUCAGAAACAGCAGCUCUCCAAGAAGUCUACCUAUCGGGCAUUACUAGACUCAGUCACGACAGGCAAAGAUAGCACCAGGUUCCAAAUCAUCAAUGAAGUAGCUAAGGUUCCUCUACUGGCUGAAGUUUAUGGUAUAGAGGGAAAUAUUUUCAGGCUUAAAAUCAAUGAGGAAACACCCCUGAAACCCAGGUAUGAAGUUCCUGAUGUCCUCACAAGCAAACCAAGCACUGUAAGGCUGAUUUCAUGCUCAGGAGAUACAGGAAGUCUGGUAUUGGCAGAUGGCAAAGGAGAUCUGAAGUGUCAUAUCACAGCAAACCCUUUCAAGGUAGACUUGGUAUCUGAAGAAGAAGUUGUUAUGAGCAUAAACUCCCUGGGCCAACUGUACUUUGAGCACCUGCAGAUUCCUCCCAAACAAAGAGCUACCAAGGAAAAUGAGGAGGAUGCAUCAGUUGACACCACUCAGGAGAAUCCAGAGGAACUAGGCCUGUGGGAGGAGAAAUUUGGAAAUUUUGUGGAUGUCAAAGUUAAUGGUCCUACGUCCAUUGGUUUGGAUUUCUCCUUGCAUGGAUUUGAACAUCUCUAUGGGAUCCCGCAGCAUGCAGAAUCACACCAACUUAAAAAUACCAGAGAUGGAGAGGCUUACCGUCUUUAUAAUCUAGAUGUAUAUGGAUAUAAAAUACAUGACAAACUGGGCAUUUAUGGGUCAGUGCCUUAUCUCCUUGCUCACAAAGUGGGCAGGACUCUAGGCAUUUUUUGGCUAAAUGCCUCUGAAACGCUAGUGGAGAUCAAUACAGAACCUGCUAUAAAGUAUACACUGACCCAGAUGGGUCCAGUUGCUGCUAAACAAAAGGUCGAAUCUCGAACUGAUGUGCACUGGAUGUCGGAGAGUGGAAUCAUUGAUGUUUUUCUGCUGACAGGUCCUACACCUUCUGACAUCUUUAAGCAGUACUCAUACCUUACAGGCACACAAGCCAUGCCCCCUCUCUUCUCCUUGGGGUACCAUCAGUGCCGUUGGAACUAUGAAGAUGAGCAGGAUGUAAAAGCGGUGGAUGCAGGAUUUGAUGAACAUGACAUUCCUUAUGAUGUCAUGUGGCUGGACAUAGAGCACACCGAGGGCAAGAGGUACUUUACCUGGGACAAGAAAAGAUUCCCAAACCCCAAAAGGAUGCAAGAGCUGCUCAGGAGCAAAAAACGUAAGCUUGUGGUCAUCAGUGACCCCCACAUCAAGAUUGACCCCGACUACUCAGUGUAUGCUAAGGCCAAAGAACAGGGCUUCUUUGUGAAGAACCAUGAGGGGGGUGACUUUGAAGGUGUAUGCUGGCCUGGUCUCUCCUCUUACCUGGAUUUCACCAACCCCAAGGUCAGAGAAUGGUACUCCAGUCUUUUUGCUUUCCCUGUUUAUCAGGGAUCUACAGAUAUCCUCUACAUAUGGAAUGACAUGAAUGAGCCGUCUGUCUUUAGAGGGCCAGAGCUAACCAUGCAGAAGAACGCCAUUCACCACGGCAACUGGGAGCACCGGGAACUUCACAACCUCUAUGGCUUUUAUCAGCAAAUGGCCACUGCAGAAGGACUGAUCCAACGAGCUAAAGGGAAGGAGAGACCCUUUGUUCUGACACGUUCUUUCUUUGCUGGAUCACAGAAGUAUGGUGCUGUGUGGACAGGAGACAACACAGCAGAAUGGAGCUACCUUAAAAUUUCUAUCCCUAUGUUACUCACCCUCAGCAUUACUGGGAUCUCUUUUUGUGGAGCGGAUGUAGGCGGCUUCAUUGGGAAUCCAGAAGCAGAACUGCUAGUGCGGUGGUACCAGGCUGGAGCCUAUCAACCCUUUUUCCGUGGCCAUGCCACCAUGAACACCAAGCGACGGGAGCCCUGGCUCUUCGGAGAGGAGUACACCCGGCCCAUCCGAGAAGCCAUCAGAGAGCGUUAUGCCCUCCUGCCCUACUGGUAUUCUCUGUUCUACUCUGCACACGUGGCUUCCCAGCCCAUCAUGAGGCCUCUGUGGAUAGAGUUCCCUGACGAAUUGGAGACUUUCGGUGUAGAAGAUGAAUACAUGCUGGGAAGUGCUUUAUUGGUUCAUCCAGUCACAGAACCAAAAGCUACUGUGGUUGAUGUAUUUCUGCCAGGAUCAAAUGAGGUCUGGUAUGACUCCAAGACAUUUGCUCAUUGGGGAGGAGCAUGUACUGUAAAGAUCCCAGUAGCCUUGGACACUAUACCAGUGUUUCAACGAGGUGGAAGUGUGGUACCAAUAAAGACAACUAUAGGAAAAUCUACGGGCUGCAUGACUGAUUCCCCAUAUGGACUCCACGUGGCCCUAAGCACUAAGGGUUCUGCCAUGGGUGAAUUCUAUCUCGAUGAUGGCCAUUCCUUCCAGUACCUCCAUCAGAAGCAGUUCUUGCACAGGAAGUUUUCGUUCUCCUCAGGUGUUUUGAUCAACAGUUGUGCCGACGAGCGGGGUCAUUAUUCCAGCAAGUGUGUGGUGGAGCAGGUCUUUGUCCUGGGCCUCAGGAAGCGGCCCUCUUCUGUGACUGCGCGCUCCUCUGAUGGUAAAGCUCAGCCUGUGGCUUUUUCAUAUUGUGCCAGAACGUCCACUCUGAACCUGGAGAAGCUCUCACUCAACAUUGGCACUGACUGGAAGGUCCACAUCCAGUGACCAAGCAGGGCACCUGGUGACAAGUGCUGGGAGCACCUUCCCGGAGCCUUGCGUUGUGAUUUGUGCUGCACGCUAACUUGUCUAGUCCGAGGUCAUCUUUCAGUACUUACCAGUUUACUAAUGAACAAUAGGUUUCAGAUUUUUCGGAUGUCAUGUUUUUAGACGUGCUAGGAAUACUCUUUGUGUCACACACCACCUCUUCUCCUACAUGCAAGUGGCCCAGAGACAUUCGCAUAGUUCAUGCAUCUUCCACACCCCUGGAUUCAUGAUCUGUGGCAGGCACUGUGGCCCAUGCGUGGCUUCUCUCUGAGCACAGCUGGGUAUUGGGCGUGCUUUAUGUGAGAGGCGGGCCAAGCCCACACUGUGGCCCACUUUCGGUAGAGCCACUCGUGCUGUAGCAGCUGAGAUCAAUCUCCGAGCGGACAGCAGCCCCUGGUGUCCCACCAUUAUCUUUUAGCACAUAGACGUGAGCAAAACAACCCUUUUCUUUUUUUUCUUUUCUUUUUUUUU